AUUCAUCACCAUUUCUUCAACUGUUUUUUCCUAGAGGAAGUGACUUUCUGGAACUUAUCUAAUUAACGUUAUAAAAAUAUGGACAUGACCAAAAUCUGAAAUAUUAGUAAAAACAAUAGGGGACACGAGAGUGGUCGGUCUAUCCUUAAACAUGGAAAAGAAGCAUCUUUCCUCCAUUGCCAAUGACGUCUUUCAAAGAUGUGCUUUGAGGUUGGGCACAUCUGUGGAUGAGCUAGUGCAUGAAUUCGAGGCCGGAUGGGAGCCUAACAUGGAAGGUUAUUCAAGGAAAUUAGUGGAAUUUUGCUGCUCUAGGGCCCUCACUGACAUAUGCAGUAAGUUGGAGGAGACGUUAGUCGAUGGUUCUUUUAGCCGGAUCACGUUUGAUAUGAUGCUAGCUUGGGAAAUGCCUAGUUCAGUUGAUGAAGAGAGACAUACAGAAUGCGUGGCAAAAGAAAAAGAAGAGAGGAAAGUAGCUUGUAAAAUGCCUCAAGAGCAAGAUGACAUUCCUUUGUUCUACUCAGACGUCAUGCCGCUCCUUGUUGACAAUGAGCCAAGUGUUGGAGAGGAUGCAUUCUUGUGGCUGGGAACACUUGUACACUUAGUAGCUGAUAUUGUUAAUGGACGAUUUACUUUCGAGACGCUGACAGCAGCUACAGAAAAUCGACUUCAUUUUCCUGCUUAUGACUUGUUCCUGAAAGAGAUUGAAAAAUGUGUGAAGCAUUUGCAAAAACAAACAACCCCAACGGGCAUGGAAAUGGCAGACGAUGAGUUUAUACUACACGUUGAAGGAACUGCAACCUCACAAAGAGUAGUGCGCCAUAUUGGAGGCACUAGUUGGCCUGGUAGGCUGACACUAACAAACUAUGCCCUGUACUUUGAGGCAUCUGGAGUUCUCUCUUACAAAGAUGCUAUUAAGCUUGACCUUUAUAAAGACACUAAACAGAGUGUCAAGCCAGCCGCCACGGGUCCAUGGGGCGCUCCUCUCUUCGACAAAGCCAUAGUUUAUGAAUCCUCUGAGUUGCAAGAAGGGGUUGUCUUUGAAUUUCCAGAAAUGACGAGCUCAACAAGACGCGACCACUGGCUUUCUCUUGUGAAGGAAAUUAUGCUAUUGCAUAGGUUUUUACAAAAGUUCAAAGUGGACUCACCGUUGGAGUCGUGGGAGAUGCAUGCGAGAACGAUACUAGGAAUUAUCAGGCUACAUGCAGCUAGAGAAAUGCUUAGGAUAUCACCUCCAGUGCCCAAGAAUUUCCUUAUUUUCGACUUGCUCGAUGAGUUGCCAAAGGGAGAUUAUGUGCUUAAAGAGCUUGCCGAGAGUCUAAAGAAAGUUGACACCGGACACCCGUGUAGUGCUAGCUCGAUCUUGAGGAGCCUGAAUGUCGCCCAACUGUUUGUUCCCAGUGUAGAGGUAAAAGAAAUCAAUGACAACGUCAGGGGUAAGGAAAUCAAUGACAACAUCGCUUCCCCUUUACAAGUAGGCAAUAUCUCUCCAUUGGAGAGUGCUAUUGAGCAAUCGAGGGAGGAAGCAAAGGAAAUUGAAUUGGCUAAAGCUACAGUUGAGGAGCUGAAAGAGGAAGGAAUCGGCGAUAGCGUCCAGGUUCUUAUGGGUCUCCUCAAACCACUGAAAAGGUUGGUUCCUUAUGUUCAAGAGGCUUUUACAUGGGAAAGGCCGUUAUACAGUUCCAUUCUUGUGAUGACGACAAUGGUAGUUAUUUACAAAGAGUGGGUUGGCAAGGCAAUAGCAGGUCUCUUAUUAGGAAUUGUCGCUACAAUGAUAUGGGCUAGACGAAGAAGGAUACCCGAUAAGGUCCAUAGAAUAGUUGUCUACACCGGAUCCGAUCAGACAACAAUGGAAAGCAUAGUGUCAGCGCAACAGGGAUUGAGAAGUGUCUAUGACUUGAUCCAAACGAUGAAUAUAAUUAUACUGAAAAUUUGGUCAGUAUUGGUUUCAAAAGCUCCAAAGCAUGCGGAUAUGGUAAUGGUAGCGUUGGUCGUCGCAGCAGUGAUUUUAGCAGUGGUUCCGUUUAAGUUUAUCCUUAUGGCUUUGGCGUCGUAUGGCUUUGUAGCAGCAUCAAAUAUAGGGAAAAGCAAAAAGCAAAAUGAAAAAGGAAAUAGGAGAUUACAAGAGUGGUGGGACUCUAUUCCAGUUGCUCCUGUUGAUAUCGUAGACAAAAUCGACCCUGAUUCAUAAUCUUGGCUGCCAAUGUGAUCCUGGGCAUACUGAAGAGGCCUCAUCACUAGAAAUGAAUAAUUUACCUUAUGUCAGAUAGAAAUAUAGUAAAUGAAACUGGUGUUGUUUUUCAUGUAUACAUGUGUAAUACUUCCAUCGUUUGUAACACGUACAGAGCAUGUCUGUAUUGGUUAAUAAUCUGAGACGUUAAUGAAGCUCCUCUGCUACAAGUGAAGAGUUUGAGCAAUGA